UGGCUCGCAGGGUGUGAUGAGGCCUUGCCGGAUUAAGCACACAGGUGGCUGAGCUGGAGCUGCCGGCGGCUGUAAACACAAACCUGCGCAGCUGCAGCCUGAGGCGAGCCGCCGCGUCUUGCCUGGACAGACACAGACCAAAGUCCACGCAGAAAAAGGUCGUUUUGAAGCGGCGCUGCUCAUCGGCUCCUAUUUACUCCUCAGAAAGUGUCAUUCAAGACCUUUUCUGAAUCAUCUGGAGCCGCCUCUCAAUUCGGCGUUAAUAUAAUCCACCAAGUGGCACUAAAUUCAAUGAAAUUUCAGCUUUUAUAGUUUAAAGGGUAGGUUUUAUUUACAUGCAGCCGCGGGAACAGUUUGCUGAUUGUAUCACUCGCUAACUUCAGAAAAAGAAACAAGCCGUCAAAGGACUUUAGGCCAUGUAUCCCAUAGACCUACUGCCAGCUGUGGAUUACAGCGACCUGACCUCAGCAUCCCAACAGCACUUUGCUGCUUUGGAGUCGAGAGAUCAUGGAAAUGAAUGGUUUCAGUCCUCACACCAUUCAAAGGUGGCGGUGACAAGAAAUAAUGUGAGCCGGCUGCAGUUAUUUGAAGAUGAUCAACCAAACUGUACUGUUCUGGCACUACAGCUCACUGACGAUCACACACAAGUGGUGGCCUUGUACCUGCAGGGGAAGUGGUGGUGUGUGGACGAUAUCUUGCGGACAGCCAGCAAAACCAGGACUGGCCUUUUGUUGGUGCAGUCGGUCAUGGAGAGGCUGAUUCUGUUCCUGCUCAGCCAGGUCGCCGAGCGGCUUCCACAGGAGGAGGCGCUCUUCUCUCCUCACCCCUCUACAGAGCUCGGCAAACUGCUGUGGCGAGAUGGAGAGGCGGUGGGCUUCUACACCGUCAAACAGAAAGGCAGUUUGUGCGGCGCCUGGACCAGCCAGUGCUACCUGCUGCCCGUCCUGGACACGGUGCUGGUGAGGAGCCGCUGGAGGAGGCGAGGCUUGGCUCUUCAGAUGCUGCACGACUUCUGCUCCUGGUUUCCCAACGAGGAGGUGCUGGGAGUCAGCUCUCCGUUGUCACCCAGCAUGGUGGCAGUGUGUAAGAGGUUCCUGCAGCAGCACGAGGAGCAUCGCGAGCGCCUGUACGAGGUGGAGGCUCCCGGGGGCUGGACUCAGCGCCGAAACAUCUGGCUCAGCAUCCAGCUGGGCCGCUACUCACACAGUGAGCAUGACACACUUUCCUAAAGUCUCCUGCAGAGAACCUGAACUGGAAUAGACCGGACUUUCCCGCUCAAAGCAGCACAGCAGGACAGGUGGAGCAGUGACCUUUUUUAUGUGUACUGUUGCAAAAAGCUGUUGUGAUUGUACCGAGCUCUCUAUCAUAGUAAGCGAGUCAAGGCAAAUGGCAGACUCGCUGAGGGGAGAGGGUUUGCAGCCACGAGCAGGAGAGGACGGGCCGUGGAGAGGCGUCCCGUGCUGCUGGAGGGCAACUGAGGAUUUUUGGCGCAACUGGUGGUAACCGUUAACGUUGAUUACUGCUUUUAGCGAGCAGCCACAGCACAACACAUCAUCUCAGUUCACCAGCUCGUGUGACACACUUUACGGCCCUGCUGACGUGCACUGUCACCAUAGCAACUCACCACAAUCGCCAUUUUAUUCUGCACCAGCCAGAUGACAACAGCAAACAGUUGCAUGACUGUUUGGGUCCAAAUUAAAUUAAAAAAAAAAAAAAAAAAACCCUAAUGAAAUGGGUUCCCAUUUCAG